UACCUUUUGUGGGAGGGAAGAGAGGAAGCCUGGACAUCUUUCCUCCACUUUUCCUCCAUAUUUCCUCUCCCGGGGCGCGGAGUGGAGGGAAAAUAACGCAGGGAGAGAGGGAAAGAUGGCGUGGAUGCAGUGAAAUAGAGGAACUUGAGCGUAAAUCCGCCUGUGAGGGGAGAAAAGGGAUUAACGAAAGGCUUUGACGUUACGCCCAGCUCUGUGUGUGUUCGUGUGUUCGUGGAUGAGUGAGACAGUUAAAAGGAAAGCUAAUGGACUAAACCACAUCAUCGAGCAGCAAUGAGACUCGGCAACAGGGGCGCGGUGACGAGACCCUAAUGAACACAGCGCCACAAAAGAACUCUCGGCGGCGCACUAGUCCGAGGAAUAGUACGGGAGUGAUGCGGCAGCUCGUACUGGUGUGACCCGAGGCUUCAAGUUCACCCGCACCACCCGCACCACCACCACCUCCACUCAUGGCCAACCCACAAGAUGCCUGCUACCUCUCCCUCCUUGCCUUGGCUGAGCGCUUCAGGACGCAGGAGCCGGCUAACAUCAAGAGCUGCGUCCAGUGUCUCCAGGCCGUUCUGACCUUUCGGCCACCCCCCAAGGUGGAGGCACGCACCCACCUCCAGCUGGCCACCCUGUUGACGCAGCAUACCACCAACACACAGCUGGCGCGGGACCAUCUGCAGCAGGCGUGGUCUCUCUCCAUGAGCAUUGUUGGGUUUGAUGAUGUGCGCUUUGAGGCGGCGAGCGAGCUGGCCAAGCUGUACGAGCAGACCGGCAGCGCUGCAAAUGCCAAGUCUGUGCUGCAGCGUGCCAUCGAGCUCUCGCGGCAGAGUGUUUUCUGGCACUGCAGGCUCAUCUUCCAAAUGGCUCAACUUGGAGUCACGGAGAUGGACUACGCCUCUGCCGGGAGUCUGCUGCAGAAGGGCCUGGAGUACUGCCUCAUCCAGGGCAUCGCCUACAACCAGAUACUCUUCCUCCUCAGUAAGAUUAUGGUGAUGCUGCUGGAGGGCCGAGGGGCGGUAGAGAUCCAGACCCUCUUGAACCAGGCCAACCAGAGUGUGGAGCAGUACAACGGGGCGCAGGGGCAGAAGGAGCACCUCAGGGUGUUCUAUUUAGUGUUGCUGGUGUGCCACAACCUGAACAGCGGACAGGUGAAGAGUGUGAAGCCGGCACUCAAACAGCUGCAACAGUCUAUCCAGAACAUCACCCAACUCUCGGAACAAGAAGUGAUUCCCAGCAGCAGCAGCGAGAUGUUUGCCUGGCUUCCCCGCGAGCAGCUGUGUGUGUUGGUGUACCUCGUAUCCGUCAUGCACUCCAUGCAGGCGGGGUACAUGGAGAAGGCUCAGAAGUACACAGACAAGGCACUGCUGCAGAUAGACAAGCUUAAAGCGGAGGAGAACACCAGCAUCCUGAGUUCCCUGCAGCUGCUGCUUCUGGAGCACAGCAUUAUGUGUCACCUCAUCAUGGGCUCCAAGGCACAGGCCAUCAAGGAGAUAGCCAAGGUGUGCCGCCUCCUCCAGGACGACACCAGGCAGCUGCAGGCCCAUCGUGCUCAGCUGCACACACUGCUAGCGGUGUACGCCAUGAGCAUGAACCUCUCCACAGCUGCAGAAGUCCAGUUCAAUGCAGCACUCAGGACGUCAAGUAACCAUGACUUGUGGAUCUUCGCCAACCUCAAUCUGGCCGUGGUGUACCUGAGGUGUCAGAGGGAGAGGGACUUUGCUGCCAUCAUGGACCGGAUCAACCCCGACACCCUCCCCACACAAUCUCAGAGCCUCCGAGCCGCCUCCUUCUAUGUGCAGGGACUCCACGCCUUCUUCACCAACAGACACAACGACGGGAAGCGAUUUCUAAGAGAGUCCCUCAAGAUGGCCAAUGCAGAAGACCUUAAUCGCCUCACCUCCUGCUCCUUGGUGCUGCUGGGACACAUCUUCCUGGCGCUGGGCAACCCGCGGGAGGCGCUCAACAUGGUGACGCCGGCCAUGCAGCUCGCUUCAAAGAUUCCCGACCUUCACCUCCAACUCUGGUCAUCGGCAAUACUCAAAGACCUGUACCGGCAGUUUGGAGAUGCCCCCCAUGAGCAGGAGAGCAGCCACAACCACUACAACUUCUCCCAGACGCUGCUGAUGGACCACCUCGCUGCCACACAGCUGCCGGAGCACCAGCUAAUAACGUGGACGGACGGUCCCUUCCCAUCCAUUGUCAGUGAAAAGCUGUAGGCUGAGCGCCACAGAUCCUCACAUCAGGGCCAGAGGAGCAGCAGCAGGGACAUUGAACACCAGCAGCAGCAGCCCUGAAGGAGGAACACAGUUAUUCACCUCUGUAACUCAAUGGUUGUGGUCUAAACACAGGAAACUCACCUCUCACUCCCUCUGUGUCUCCGGGUCCCUCGUUUGCAAUGCCAUGAAAGGCCUGGCUAAGGGGGUGCCUCCUACUGUAAGCUAUUGUACAGGUAUUUCUUUCUCCCUAAGGUUUGUGACAUGCCUUUGCCCUUAGUUGGCAAUGCUUUUAUCGUUAAACACCCAUACCAUUUUGUUUGUCUAAACGUGUUCAGUACUGUUUUCUUGUCUGUCUUGGGAGUGCCGCACAUAAUUAUAUUUGUCCACGGAGUUUUAAGAUUCCAGAUCUCUUCGUCUCAUCUUUUCCGUCAUGUUUUCCAUCAUUAUAACUAACAUAAUUCAGUGAAAAGCUUUCUGAAGGCUUGUUAUUGUUGGUUAUAACACUUAUCUUCAAAUCUGUCUAAAUUAAUAUUAAAUUAAAGUUAGUAUUAUUUUAGUAAGUAUGGCGUGCUUUUUAUACACAAAGAAUUAUAGUAUAUUUUACAAUUGAUGAUUCUCAUAGUAUGUUAAGGUUUGAUCAAGAACGUGUCAUCACUGGAAACCUUCGGGCCAAGACACGUCCAAGACACAAGAUCCAGAAGUCAUCGUACAAUCAUUUAAUUUUACAAAGUGACGAGUCAAAUUCAUCUUGGGUUUCUCAUACACUGCCACACACCCAUUCUGCUGCAUCCUUAUCAAUGUUCUAUACAUCCACGUAUGUCAUUUAUUUUGUUACUGUUAUUAGUUAACUGGAUGAUUAUAUUCUCUCCACGUCACCAUUAUUAUCAGGAAUCAGUAGGUGACAGUAACCAUUAACGCUACAUAGUGACAACAUAACACCUCCGGUUGAUGAUGAACAGGCUUCGUUAUCUAGAGCAGUGGUUCCCAACCUUUGGUCUGCGGACCGGUGCCGGUGUGUGGCUUAUGAUUUGCUGGUCUGCCAAAUUUCUUUACAAGUGACUUUGUUUUGUUCAUCUAAUAAGUAGUUAUAAUGAAAUAAAAAUUGAAUGAAAUGUUCAGGGUAUGGUGUAGCACCCGCCGGAUAGACAAGAGGGAGCUAGCGAUUGUCCCACUGAAUUUUAAAUUGCUAAAAAAAUUAAAUAUGUAUUUGGACCAUAUAAAUGUCAAGUGUAUGAUUGGAUCUAUGCCUAUGGCACUGGUCUGCAGAAUUUUUUCACUUGCUCGACUGGUCCGUGGCUUUGAAAAGGUUGGGAACCACUGAUCUAAAGCAAUGAAACUAGAAAGGUCUUGGUAUGUUAAGGUUGUUUAUACCCUUUCGUAGCCUGUGAAGUUGUCUCUGUGUCAACGGAUUUUGCCGAACUUGAAUCAAAAUACACUUAUGGAACUAUACUGCCUUGCUUCUUACGCUACAGAAGACUAAUGACAGAUUUUCUUAAUGUCAUGUUGGUAUUUAUUAAGCCAUGUGGCUAGUUUGGCUUUUAAUUGCAUUUUUGGGACAGAGUUAGUUGGAAGUGUUGGAUUUUCACACAGAGUUGUUGACAUAUUACAAACUCAGUUGCAAAAAGUGAUAUGAGAAAAUUAACAGAACCAACUAACCUUGCCUUGAAAACCAGGUCAAGAAAGACAUCACCCACAUUGUUGUUAAGAAAGACUGAUACAACACUUAAGAAAUCAGGCAUAUAUUAUUGUUGAAAUAGGUAUACCAUGGCCACUUGAGGGAUGAGUUUAGGUCCCUGAGUGGUAGUGUUGUGGUGAAGGACUGAGAGAAGGAAAAUUAGCCCUUAGUCAUAUUAUCAAAAGCAGUUUUUCAGUGGUCAGGUGUUAGUGAUGGCACGUUGUUCGCAAAAAUAAAUGUUUGACCCGUACCUUUUCACGUGGUUUCAGGAUGUAUUAUGCAACAGGCUGAGCUUUAUCCUUUGAAAGUUAAUGAUGAUCCAGGCUGUUUCUCUCAUCAAGUGUGGUUUAUCCGCCUUCUAACAAUUCAGCCGUGACAAUGUAAGGAGCUUUUGGAGGUGGGAUCAAAAAACCUUUAGGCAAAGUUCUGAAUUAAGUUGUCAAGGUAUUUUACUAUAUUGUGUAUGUGCAUCAAGGGUGGAACCAUUGAUGUAGUUUUUGUUAAGGGCCUAAUUAUACUGAUAACUGUUUCAACGCAUCAUAUUGUCACCUUCGUAAACAAAGCGCUUAAGUCAUUAUUUUCUACUUUACAGGAAAUCAGAACAGAACCAUCAUCAUCUCAUGUGGCUUAAGGUUUAGGCAGAAAUGGAAAGGUCAAUUCUAGAACACUCAAACCCUGAAUGAGGAAGGCAACUUACAAAAAUGGGUGUUACAUGUUGAGAAAUUGAUGUAGGCCCCAGACAAAAACCUGGAAAUCACUGAAAAAUUGAUGUUGGCCCCAGACAAAAACCUGGAAAUCACUGAAAAAUUGAUGUAGGCCCCAGACAAAAACCUGGAAAUCACUGAAAAAUUGAUGUAGGCCCUAGACAAAAACCUGGAAAUCACUGAAAAAUUGAUGUUGGCCCCAGACAAAAACCUGGAAAUCACUGAAAAAUUGAUGUUGGCCCCAGACAAAAACCUGGAAAUCACUGAAAAAUGACUUAGGCAAUUAUUUUAUGAGGGUGACGAUCUUUCUAAACAUCUCCACUUGACAUAACUAUAAAGUAUCUGAGAAAAGCCGAGGAAUGAAGAAACUGCUUUGGCUUUGAUGGGUCACUGAUGGGGCUGUGGGUCUUCAAGUCAGCAUUUGUUCAUCCUUUACCUAUGAAGGCAUCUGUGUUGUGUUUACAUGCUAGACUGCUGAAGGAAACCCGACAAGGGCUUCAAACCAUGUACAAAUUUUGCUGCCAAGUGAAGGAUACUUUUAAAUUUCA